CUUCUCCUCUCUUACAAACAAAAACAAGCGGCACCACUUGUCCCCUUCUCCCUAUUCUUAUCAGCAGCGGCGGCCGAACAAAAAUCCACCAACCUUCUUCUCGUUCAUCGUCGCUUCUCCCGCUCAACACCUCCUCCUCUUCCAUUAAUGGCGUCUUCUCUCACCAGCCUCGCGAGCGUGCGGCCGGCGGUGGCCGGGCCGAGGAGCCUCCGCCGCUCCCAUCAACGGACCCCCUCGCCGGGUUUCUUGGGUCUCCGAGGGAGCUCCUUGCCGGCGCCGGAGAUCUCCUCCGCCGCCGCUCUCUCCGGCGGCCAUGGGCUUUCCUCCCUCUCCGUGUCAUCCUUCCGGAGGAGUGCCCGCUACACCACCUCGGCUCGUGCUGAGUUGAAGUCUCAGGAAGCUGAAUUGCAGUCUAAGGUUACCAACAAAGUGUUCUUUGACAUAAGCAUUGGGAACCCUGUGGGAAAGCUUGUUGGAAGGAUUGUGAUAGGGUUGUAUGGGGAUGAUGUGCCCCAAACUGCUGAAAACUUUCGUGCUCUUUGUACAGGGGAGAAAGGCUUUGGCUACAAGGGAUCCAUGUUUCAUCGUGUCAUCAAGGAUUUCAUGAUCCAAGGGGGAGACUUUGACAAGGGAAAUGGAACUGGAGGUAAAAGCAUAUAUGGCCGUACAUUUAAAGACGAGAACUUCAGGCUGUCUCAUGUGGGACCUGGAGUAGUUAGCAUGGCAAAUGCAGGACCCAACACCAAUGGAAGCCAGUUCUUCAUUUGCACUGUCAAGACUCCAUGGUUGGACCAGAGGCACGUUGUGUUUGGGCAGGUCCUCGAGGGGAUGGAUGUGGUGAGGCUGAUCGAGUCCCAGGAGACUGACCGGGGGGACCGUCCAAAAAAGAAAGUGGUUAUUAGUGACUGUGGCGAGCUUCCAGUGGUCGCCAUGGCCUGAGGAGAUCCACCCCGUUAUCUUUAUUCAAGCGAGGCACCAUAAGGAUCCCACAAUUUUUCUAGAUUUAAUCUCAUCGGCGAACAAAUACUGUUGAUUUUAGGUUGAAACAGUUGAAUUGAUGAUCCAUUUGCUGCAUGUGGUUGAAAUGUAAUGCUGCACAAGUUUUAAAUAAUUGAUGUGAUAAGAUUGCGUUGAGUCAUUAAGAUUGA